AUGGCCAAGACUGACAAAAUUGAGCCAUCACAUGAAAAGUUUGCUCAAGAUGAAACCACUUUAAUUGAAGGAGAUAAAACUAGUUUUCCUGAUGCUGUUUCAAGAAAGCAAUCACAAACCUUUGUCAAUAUCCAAACUCUCUCUCUCAAUUACCAUGCACAAAGAAGAGUGGCUAGUAUUUCAACACCUGUCAAAUCCUCUAAAGAUGCUUAUUGGAGCAUUCCAGAGACUGCUACUGGUUCCAUAUUUCUUCGAAGUUUUCAUCCAGCUUCCAAGCGAGUGCUUGGGAAAGAAACAAAUCAAAUGGAAAAAUCAGGAAAACCAAAGGAAGAGCCAUCUAAAAUUAAAAGAAUUUCUGUUGAUGACAUGCUGAAAGAUAUUCUGAUUCUCUCCUCAGAGUUCUCCAAACCUUUAAAUGCCUCUUCCCCAAUUACCAGUCCAAAACUCAAGGAAGUUCUCCCUGAGUAUUGUAGGACCUAUACUUUUAAGCACCCUCUAAUAGAUUUAAGUGCAACAAUGCCACGCCGUCUCACAAAAACGAUGCCUGUUCACGCACAAAAACAUUUACAACCGCCUGACCAUUUACAACAAACUAAGGCAGUGAUAAAUAUUAAUUCUUUUCUUGAUACUGUUCUCAUACCAGCACCAGUUUUACCAAGAAAACCUCACAGACAGUCUGAAAUAGAAACUCAUGCAAUAGAAAAUGAAAAUCUGGAAAACGUUCCAAAGCAAAGCAUGCCAACCCCACCUGAAGGUACUAUUAAACCUAGAAAACGAGCUGAGUCAGAGGCAAAAGUUAUUCGUGGUGAAGGUUUUAAGACUGUUGCAGCAACACAAUAUGAAACAAUAGCAGCAAUGACCAACCUGGCUAUAGUAAACUGUCAAAUAUAUGGAAGAAAUGCACUUAACCUUAAGAUAUAUUGUCUUAAACAUUUACAAGUUCUGAUCCUGAGAAAUAAUCCUAUCAGAAUAAUCCCUUCUGAUAUUCAACAACUUAAGCUCCUUAGAGUUUUCAACAUUGCCUUUAAUUUGAUUACGACUCUUCCUCUUGGGUUAUUUUAUUUGUCCUACCUUGAGGAACUUGAUAUUUCCUACAAUAGUAUUGCUUCUAUUCCAAAUGAAAUCCAGAAACUCAGGUCACUUAAAAAAUUGGUUGUUGAUGGGAAUGAACUGACAUCUUUUCCAUCUGGAAUUUUGAGGCUUCAUCUGAAAAAAAUCCGUUUUGAAAAUACCUUCACUAUUCCUAGUCUUUGGAAAGAGAAUUCUUUGAAUAGUCCACAGCAUCUUACUCAGCUUACUGCUUUGUUCUUUUUAAAAAAUAAUCUACAUAAAUAUUAUGAUGAGAUCCCAGAUGAAAUUCAAAUGUUACUAAACUGCACAUCCAGAUGUGAAUGGUGUGAUGGUCCCAAGUUUGAUGAAGGUUAUCGUGUUAUCCAAUCCUGCAAUGUUUUUGGAGCAACACACCUUCCUGUUAUGUUUCAUGUCUGUUCUUCUUCCUGCUACAGAGAAGUACUUGAAAACAGUUUUUUUUAA